AUGGGUUCAGUAGGCAAGCUUUCUUACAAGAGGUUGAAAACCGAGGAAGAAUUGGACGAAAAAAUACAACUACUAGAAAGAGAAGUGAAAAAGGCAAAGGCGUGGCUUAAGCUUAAGGCUCUAGCCGGUAGGAGAAGGCCAAGGCUUCGUAUUCCUGGCUUGAGGAGAUUCAUUAGAAAAAGAACCAAGUUUGUCUCUAAGUUCAAAGUAUCUUGGCGUAAGACAUUGAAAAAAUUGAAGAACGGACAGAGUCACAUGAAUGAUCUCUUUGGGGGUAAUUUUCUGUUUAUGCAGGCAAAUCCUAUUCCUUUUGGAUGCAAUCACAAACCUCAUUGA